AUGCCCCUGCAGGCGCACCCCGGCAGGGCGCACGUGACGGCGGCGGUGGUGCGGUACGCGACGCCCUUCAAGCGGCAGAAGCGGGGCCUCGUCACCAGCUGGCUCGCCACCCUGGAGGCCCCAAACAGCAGCAGCAGCAGCAUUAGCAGCAGCGCCACCACGUCAGCCGUUGCAGACGGGGCGGGCCGCGGCGCUGCGGGCGCCAACGGCCACAUGGCCAAUGGCAGCGGGUGCGCGGCCGCGGCAGCGGCGGCUGGGCCCGAGGCGGCGGCGGCGGCGGCGGAGGCGGCGGCAGCGGCGGCUCCCAGGGUGCCUGUGUGGAUCGAGCGUGGCUGCCUGCGCAUGCCAGCUUCCCAAGCAACACCUCUGCUGCUGGUGGGCCCGGGCACCGGCGUCGCCCCUUUCCGGUCGUUCCUGUGGCAGCGGGCGGCGCUCUUGAAACAGCAGAGCCAAAGUCAACAGCAGCAGCAGCAACCGGCGCCGUGUGUGCUGUUCUUUGGCUGCCGCCACCCCGACAAGGACUUUUACUACCGAGAAGAAUGGGAGCAUCUGCGGGCCGCCGGCGCGCUGGAGCCGUCGUGGGGGCUGGUGGCGGCGUUCUCGCGGCCGGGCCUGGGGGCGGACGGCGUGGCGGGCGGGGGACCGGCCGGCGGCGCCGGUGCGGCCAAGGAGUAUGUCACGCACAAGCUGAGGCAGCAUGGGGACAAGGUCUGGCGGCUGCUGGCUGAGCAGGGCGGCUGCGUCUAUGUGUCAGGGUCGGCCGACAAGAUGCCCGCUGAUGUGGCGGCCGCGCUUGAGGCGGUCGCGGUGGAUCAUGGCAGCCUUGCGCCCGAGGCGGCGGCAAAGUGGGUGCGCCAGCUGGAGACGAGCGGGCGGUAUUUCGUUGAGGCGUGGUCGUGA